AAUGUUUUGAGACAGUAGUGGCGGUAAAGUUUGUGAAUCUUCUCCUCCCAACAGUAAUCUUAAUCUAACAGCCAAUGGGUUCCGUUUUUCUCUCUCUAUCUUAAAAGUCCAAUUUUUACGUUAGGGUUUCCAAAUCGCAGAUACAAGCCCCGCAUUGCUUAGCCUGAUCGCCGAUUAACCAGCUUAGCAAUUGGGUGUCAGCCUCCAUUUCUUGGGAUUUCGCUCCAGUUCCGAGCCUAAAAAAAACAUGAAGACAAGUGAUGUGCUGAGAUAUGGCACUUAAAGUUCCGGCUCAUAAAGUUGCUGAGAUUGCAAUUGGCUCCAUCGGUCGUGGUUAUGAUGUAUCUGCUGAUAUAAGGCUUAAGUAUUGUAAAGGGGAUUCCAUAAAUUCACGUUUAAUUGAAAUAGAUGAAGAUGAUGUAAGAGAGGUGGUAUUACCGGAUGGAGUUUCAAUACCAAAUGUUUCUAAAUCAAUAAAAUGUGAUAAAGGGGAACGCACUAGGUUCAGGUCUGAUGUUUUAUCUUUUCAACAGAUGUCUGAGCAAUUCAAUCAGGAGUUAUCUUUAACUGGCAAAAUUCCCUCUGGGCUUUUCAAUACAAUGUUUGAAUUUUCUGGGAGUUGGCAGAAAGAUGCAGCCCAUACCAAGUCCCUUGCUUUUGAUGGGGUAUUAAUUACACUUUACACCAUUGCAUUAGAGAAGUCUCAGAUGGUACUCUGUGACCAUGUUAAAAAAGCUGUACCAUCAUCAUGGGAUCCACCUGCAUUAGCAAGGUUUAUUGAGACCUUUGGCACCCAUAUAAUUGUUGGUAUGAAAAUGGGAGGAAAAGAUGUAAUAUAUUUGAAGCAGCAGCACUCAUCGACUCUUCAACCUGCUGAUGUUCAAAAAAAAUUGAAAGAGAUUGCGGAUAAGAGGUUUCUGGAUGCCAAUGGCCAAUAUAGUGUUGCUUCUGAUCAAGUUUUCCCAAAUAACAAGUUUGGAAUCAGGGAGCAGAGGCUAACAUUUGCUAAUAUUAGUCCAUCAAGUUCUUAUUCACACAAGGAGGAUAUUGUAAGCAUUCCCAAGAGGAGGGGUGGAAGUGAUGACAGAAAUCUAUCCCACAAUGAGUGGUUGCAAACUGUUCAGUUUGAGCCUGAUGUGAUCUCAAUGUCCUUCAUUCCAAUUACAUCUGUAUUGAAUGGAGUGCCAGGGAGUGGAUUCUUGAGCCAUGCCAUAAACCUUUAUUUACGAUACAAACCACCAAUUGAAGAGCUCCACCAAUUCCUGGAAUUCCAGCUGCCAAGGCAGUGGGCACCUGUAUUCAGUGAACUUCCUCUUGGUCCACAACGGAAGCAACGAAGUUCUGCUUCUUUACAGUUUAGCUUCAUGGGGCCAAAGCUUUACGUUAACAACUCACAGGUUGAUGUAGGUAAGAGGCCAGUGACUGGUCUACGUCUUUAUCUUGAAGGUAAGAAAAGCAAUCGGUUAGCCAUACAUUUGCAACACCUUUCAUCACUUCCAAAAAUCUUCCAGCUUGAAGAUGAUCCAAAUGAUAACUUCCAGCGGAAGUCUUAUGAUAGGAAAUUCUAUGAGAAGGUUCAAUGGAAGAAUUUCUCUCAUGUGUGCACUGCUCCUGUGGAAUCUGAGGAGGAUCUUUCAAUAGUGACCGGAGCUCAAUUGCAAGUUGAGAAUUAUGGCAUAAAAAAUAUACUCUUCUUAAGACUUCGAUUCUCAAAUGUGUUGGGAGCUAAAUCAGUGAAGCAACCUGAGUGGCAGGGAUCUCCUGGGCCAGGAGCCAAGUCAGGCCUCAUAUCCACUUUAAUUAGCCAACACUUUACAGCAACAUUUCAGAAGCCUCCUCCACGUCCAGCUGAUGUUAAUAUAAAUUCUGCUGUCUAUCCAGGUGGCCCUCCUGUUCCUGUCCAAGCUCCCAAGCUUCUCAAAUUUGUUGACACAACUGAGAUGACCAGAGGACCACAGGAGUCUCCUGGCUAUUGGGUUGUCUCUGGAGCAAAGCUGCUUGUUGAGAAGGGCAGAAUUUCUCUCCGGGUUAAGUAUUCUUUGCUGACCAUGGUAUUACCAGAUGAUGAGAUGUUGGAUGAUCAUUAGCUGAUUCGUUCUGGCUUUGCCUUCAGCGAACUAUAUUUGCAAGUGUUCUUUUUUAAGUUGUGAGAGGUUGGGAAAUGAAGGGAGGGUAGUUAUCAUACAGAAAAUUGGCUUUGGUUUUGCUAAUCCGGGAGGUCUUCUUUCUUACAGUGAAAGCACAUAUAAAGUUCACGAAGAGAUAGGGAGAGGGGAACACGUGUAAGUUACAAGGUAGACUUUUACAGCCCAGAACAAUGACUUUGUUGAUAAUUACUAUUAGAAAUCAAUUCCACAGGCCUCAGGCGCAUUACCUCAUCUUGUUUGGAUAGGAUCACCUUGAUAAAUUAUGAUGAAAACACUAAAUAUAUAUCAAUUUAAUACGUUGAGAAAUUAUGCCACCGUAAUAUUCUCAUUUCUGAUUUGAGUUAGCUGGUUCUUAAGCAUAAAAAUUUUGUAAUGGGAGAGGAUGGACGAGCCGAUGCUGAUGGUGAUCAGGUCGUUACAGAAUGGGACUCGAAGUCUUGUUUAGGAUCAGAUAGUAUAUCGCAUAUUACGUGAUAUUCAAUGUUUGCUGCUUGUUUCUAUACUAAUAACAUUUUCCUAAAUCAUAUCGUAGUAGCUGUAGUCCUUUCUCGUUGAAAAUGCACUAGGUUAAGAAAAUGAAGAUAAUAUAUAUGUAUAAAAUGCACUAGCUGUAGUCCUUUAGUGGCUGAUGAAGGACAGCUAACUUGGAAAAAGGAGGCUUCCCAUUUUGAUAUGUAACUUACAAUAUAUAUGUAUAAAAUUGACACAAGUUGG